AUGUGUAUUGCACUAUUAACCAAAGCAUUGUGUUUAACUGCAACUUUAAUUAGUUUUGUCUCUGGAGAAAUCAGAGAUUGUUCUCGUUGGGAGAAAAUUGGUAUUACAGUGGCUGGCACUGCAGGAAAAAAUGGUUCGUCAUCAACUGAAUUAGCCUGGCCAUCACAUGUUAUUGUCGAUAAUGAAAAUAAUCUUUAUGUAUCUGAUCGUAAAAAUAAUCGUAUACAAAAAUUUUCUCCUGGUUCAAAAACAGGCAUAACGAUUGUUAAUUCAACCUAUAUAUAUCAACCAGCUGGUUUAUCUUUUGAUCAAAAAGAAAAUAUAUUAUAUAUCGUUGAUCUGAAGGGACUACAGAAAUGGACAAAAGAAGACGGAGUCGUAUUAGUUCAUGAAGGUCAUGGUGUUCUUCGCGAUGUAUUUAUCGACAAAACAGGAACUAUUUACGUAUCUGAUUCCGGUAGCGGAACAGUUUUAAAAUUAUUCCCUGAAACAGUUGUAGCAGGUAUAGCAAAUGAGAAAGGAUCAGCUGCAAGUCAACUGAAUAAAUGUGACGGACUAUUUGUUGAUUAUGAUGGUAAUGUGCUCGUGGCUGAUAGUGCAAAUAAUCGAAUACAAAAAUGGAAACCAUUAGCAUCAAGUGGUAUAACGGUAGCAGGAAAAUUAAAAAAUGGAUCAGAUGAUUUAUCAUUAGAUAAUCCACUCGGCAUGAUCUCAGAUGAAAAUGAUAAUGUUUAUGUAUCGGAUCAGAGAAAUCAUCGAAUUCAAUUGUGGAAAAAAAAUGCAACAACUGGCAUCACCAUAGCUGGAGGAAAUAAAGACGGAAUUGCAAUGAAUCAGCUGAAGUAUCCACAUGGACUUGCUUUUGAUUCAGUUGGAAAUUUGUAUGUAGCUGAUCGUUAUAAUCAUCGAAUACAAAAAUUUGCAAUUGAUAACAGCCAAUGUUCACGUACGUUUUGAAUUGUUAUAUUUUCAUAGUUUUCACAGUUAGAGCUUGGGCCACUUUGAUUAGAGUAUUUCAAAUGACUCAAAUACCUGAAGUACUCCUGUAAGCCAUGCUUCCGGAUCUUCUUCGGCUGCUUCCGAAAAUUUCGUAAAAUUUAUACGAAUAAAGUCGUCGUGCUUUCGUUCUUCCUGAUCUGUAUCUUUAAUGAUGAUAAACUUUUUGGUGGUUGGCGUUUUCAUGGUACUGGUAAGAAAAUCCUUGAUUGUCUUCUUAAAUUCUUGGUGCCGGUUAGGAUUAAAGAGUUUCGAUCAUUGGGUGAUGAGGUAUACUGCACAUCAGCUAUUUGCAAUUUCUUAUAAUUAAUUUUUGAUCUUGUAUUCAAAUAUAUUGCAUUUGACAUACGCCAGCGACCUCUACCACGUCUGCCUUAUGACAGCCAGAAUAGUGAUAUAUACGAUGUUAUUUCAAAUAUUAUCCCAUCUCCUUUAUGAGAGCGAGGAUUCGGUUGGGCCCACACUUGUUAACCUCUCGUUCUAGGCGGGGGGGGCGGGGGGGGGGGGGGGGGGGGGGGGGGGGGGGGGGGGGGGGGGGGGGGGGGGGGGGGGGGGGGGGGGGGGGGGGGGGGGGGGGGGGGGGGG